AGCCCGCGGCUCCCAUGAGCAGGGGUCGGGAGCGGGGCUCGGCGGGGUCCCCGCUUGGCUGCAGCGGCGCCCGGGCGAUGGCUGGCGGGGCCCCUGUUCGGGUGCCAGUGACAUUUGAGGACGUCGCUGUCUAUUUCACCCUUGAGGAGUGGGAGAAAUUGACAGACUGGCAGAAGGCGCUGUACUGGGAGGUGAUGAGGGAGAAUUAUGAUAAUCUGAUUUCACUAGGGUAUCCAGUUCCCAGACCCACUCUUGUGUUGCUGAACAAUCCGGAGGAAGAGCCAUUGCUCUGGGAGCAUCAGGAUCUGGAAGAAAUAGAAUUACCUGAAACAGCUGAUUUCAGGCUCCUAAUUAAGGAGGAUGAGGAUGAUAAGGAAAAUGCUGAGAACUUGGGACACGUCGAGACACCAUUCAGAGACUCUGAAAAGGAAUAUAAUUUGCUUUUUUCUAUCCAGGGAGUAAACCGCACUGGUCAGGGCAGCCUUGCCGUGGGGAGGAGAAAAGCCCACCUGAAAGGAAACCACGUUGAAACCACAAAUCCACAGCAGCUCAGCCCAGAUGAGAAACCUCACAAAUGUAGCGAAUGUGGGAAAAGCUUCCAGAAGCGUGGGAAUCUGAAAUGCCACUUCCGGACGCACACCGGGGAGAGACCCUACCCCUGCCCAGAGUGUGGAAAGAGCUUUCGCCAAAAGCACCAUCUGGUAACACAUCAGAGAACCCAUUCAGGGGUGGCACCGUAUAACUGCCCCCAGUGCGGGAGGAGCUUCAGCACGUCUGCCCGCUUUAAAACACACCAGAGCGCCCACCUGGGGGAGAGGGCAUUGCAUGGCAGAGAGGGUGGGGAAAGCUUCCAGACGCACGGGGUUCUUCACGUUCACCAGCGAACUCACGCUGGGGAGGAGCUGCAUGUGCGUAACGACUGUGGGAGAAGUUUCAGCUGUAAGCAAACCCUUAGGAUCCACCAGAGAAUCCACGCUGGAGAGAAACCGUACAGAAGCCCUGGCUGCGGGAAAAACUUUUGCAUGCCCGUGCAUCUCAAACUGCACCAGCAGAUCCACAUGGGGGAGCGGCCCCAUACGUGCGACGAGUGUGGGAAAAACUUCCGGAAGAGCGAGCACCUGAAGCGGCACAAUCGGAUCCACACAGGGGAGCGACCCUUUGCGUGCCCGGCAUGCAAGAAAAGCUUCACCCAGAAGCAGCACCUGGUGAAGCACCAGAGAACCCACACGGGCGAGCGGCCCUACCUGUGCAGCGAGUGCGGGAAGAGCUUCCGGACACGCAAGGAUCUCCGCUUUCAUCAGCAAAUCCACACGGGAAAGAGGCUCCACGUGUGCGAGGCUUGCGGGAAGAGCUUCAGCCACAGGCAAUCGCUCCUGAGGCACGCGAGAACUCACGCCGGGGGGAGCCCCUACACGUGUAACGACUGCGGAGAAGGCUUCGCGGUGCACAAGCAGCUCCGACGGCAUCGGCAAAGUCACGCUGCGCAGAAGCCCUCCGAGCACACCUGCAGCGAGUGUGGGAGGGGCUUCCGGAAGAGCGAGAACCUGAAGCGCCAUUUGCACAUGCACACAGGGGAGCGCCCAUUCCUCUGCACCGAGUGCGGGAAAAGCUUCAUCCAGAAGCAGCACCUGGUGACGCACCAGAGAACCCACACGGGCGAACGGCCCUACCUGUGCAGCGAAUGUGGGAAGAGCUUCAGCACCGCCGAGUGCCUGAAGAUCCACCGGAGAAUCCACACGGGCGAGCGGCCCUACCUGUGCAGCGAAUGCGGGAAGAGCUUCCGGACACACCGGGUGCUGAAAGUUCACCACCAAACUCACACCGGGGAGAGUCUCUUCAUCUGCUGCGACUGUGGCAAGAGCUUUCGGCACAAGCAGACUCUGGUGACGCACGAGAGGACGCACGCUGGCGAGAAGCCCUAAGACUGCACCCUUUGUGGAGACGCCAUCAGGACCCUCAAGCUCCUCAAGAUGCAUCAACACAAGCACACAGGAGUCUGGCUCUACACCUGCAGCAAGUGCGGGAAGAGCUUCCAGAAGGCCGAGAACUUGAAACGCCACUUUAAGACUCACACGGGAGAGAGACCUUGCUGGCGCACCCAGUGCGAAAAGGGCUUCAUUCAGAAGCAUCAUCUCCGCACGCAUCAGCGAACCCACCACGGGGACAGAGCACAUGUGGGUGAGGGAUACGCACCUGUCUUCCCCCAGGGUUAAUGUCUGCAAUGUCCCCUGGAAACCCACCUGUACACGGAGGAGCUGAGUGGGGAGCUCCCAUUCUGGGUAGUCAGUGUCGACGACUUUCCUUUUCCUGGCAAUGAGGCACUGGGGUAAUAGCCUAUCCGGAAGGAGAUGGCAGAUGAACAUCUCAAGCAUUAGGAACUGAAUCCAGGAAAAUCUCUUGGGUGAGUGAAGAUCAACAAAAGAUAUUGGAGAUGCUCCCGGUUGUGAGCUAACAAGCCACAAGAAAUCCAGGGUAAUCAUCUACCCCUUUUAAAUAUGGGGAGAUGCAGAAACAUAUCUGGGGAAAAACUCCUCAGCAAAGUGGGUUGCCUUAUGGACUUAGGAGUGGAAGGAACUCUUUCAGGUGUAUGAACUUGUGGUCAGCCAGGGAAGGCUGUCAGAGAGUGACCUUCAGAAACAAGCAAUGAACAGUUUAGCACAAGGGAGCCCACACAGGAGAGAGGCCAAAUCAAGGGACCAAUCAGGUAUAUGACUGGGGAUCACUGAGCAGACUAAUAACCAAAGGAAGGAGAGAAAAGGUCUAGCGUGGUGAAGGGGGAAUCACUAGAAAUAACAGGUGGAAACGGAGUAAUGGUAAAUGUAGGCUGAAUAACCGUCUCCAAAAGGGAGACCUACUUGUCUGUGACACGGUCUCCCAGAGGAAGCUGUGGAAGCCCCAAAGCUGGGACCUUUUGAAAGAAGAUGGAGCAAAGCCUGGGGGAGCGGUGCUGCCAUGGCAAAGGGGAGGAGUGCUUGAGGUGGCUUAAUAUGUCUCGCGCGUUCAGCUGUAAAAUCAAGUUGCCAUCCGCAGCAGACCAGUGACGGGAGAAACCAGGACUGGAGUACAACAGCUGGAAAUGAAAACCAAACCCAACCCACCUACUGUUAGAAGGGAUGCCCAGUUAAGGCCAGAUCCUCCACUGGUGUGAACUGGUGUAGCAACAGUGACCUCAAAGGCGUUAUCCCAGUUUACCCCAGCAGAGGAUCAGGUUGUCCUUCAAAGCGGUGCCCAGAGGCAGGACGUGAGUGGAUUUGCCGUUUGACAACGCUCCCAGUAAUCGCCCUGCACGUUUCAGAAAUGUCCUGAGAAUGAGUCCUCCUCAAAUCUAUAGGCCAAAGGCAUCCCUGAUGUAAAUCUCCUGACUUCAGUGGCAAUACACCAGUGAUUUGUUUGGCCCUUGGUCUCAUACUAUAAACAGGAGAUGAAGCGUU